AAUAUCUAAAAUUUAAUGUUGAAGCAUCAUUUUCAUUAGUUUCAUCGAUUUGAACACUACACUUGACAUGUGUGCUGCUUAUUUGUUACUCGCAGCCAAUUAAGUGUCAUGAAAUAAGUUGGUGUUUGGUGAACAAUCUAAUGCAAUAAGCCAGAAAUAGUUCAUGCCUACCAAACAGGUACUUGGUGUAAAUUGUUGAAUGCUUCUGAUAAUUCUAUGUUUGUGCUAACAGAUUGAAGAUCCAUUUGAACAGCCAAUGAAUGCAGCAAGGGUUGUAAGCAAAAAACAACUCCUGAGGAUAUCACAGACUUUCAAUAGGACCUAUGAUGUGCUUGUAUCUCCCAACCAAAACCCAGAUUUGCUUAUGUCUACUCUUGUGGGACCACAAGUGUUAAAAUCGUGUGCAACAACCAAUACUACAAGAGCCAAGCAACCUCAGCCGGCAAAAACCAAGCAGCCACAGCCGAAAAGAAACAAGCAGCCUCAGACGACAAAAACCAAGCAGCCUCAGCCGACAAGAAACAAGGAGCCUCAGCCGACAGAAACCAAGCAGCCUCAGCCGACAGAAACCAAGCAGCCUCAGCCGACAGGAAACAAGCAGCCUCAGCCGACAAAAACCAAGCAGCCUCAGUCAACAGGAAACAAGCAGCCUCACCCUCAGCCGAAAGUCAGCGAGGCAUUUGGUGCCCCUGCUCAAGUUUGGGCACAGCGUGUUACACAGCCAGGGCAAGAAGCAUUUAGUUCCAUUCAAGUCCGGGCACAUUCGGUUGCACAGUCAGGGCAGGCAUUUGGUGACCCUAAAGUUCGGGCACAAUCCGUUAUGCAGCCAGGGCAGGCAUUUGGGCCCCAUCAAGUUCAGGCACAGCAUCUUAUGCAGCCAGGGCAGGCAUUUGGUGCCCAUCAAGUUCAGGCACAACGUGUUAUGCAGCCAGGGCAGGCGUUUGGUGCCCAUCAAGUUCGAGCGCAGCCAGGGCAUGCAUUUGGUGCUCUCUCUCAAGUUUGGGCACAGCCAGGGCAGGUGUUUGGUGCCCUUCCUCAAGUUUGGGUGCAGCCAGGGCAUGCAUUUGGUGCCCAGCAAGUUCAGGCACAUCCUGUUAUGCAUCCAGGGCAGGCAUUUGGUGCCCAGCAAGUUCGGGCACAUCCUGUUAUGCAGCCAGGGCAAGCAUUUGGUGGCCAUCAUCAUGCUUGGUCACAUCCUGCUAUGCAGUCGAGGCAGGCAUUUGGUGCCCCUCCUCAGGGUUGGUUACAACCUGUUAUGUACCCAUCUGAUGGACAACCACAGAGUAUAGUGCGUAGACCUGCCAAGACUCCGCGACUCCAGUGGGAUUAGAAUCUGAUAAGCAAAUUACAGAUUGGUUCUAUGGUUUUGCAUUAGAUUGUAUCAUGGUGUAUUCCUUUUCUGUUUCACUCAACUGUAUCAUUGUCUUCUUUCAAGGGUCCAUUGAAAUGGAUAGAAUUGUUUUCAAAUGGGAAGGCUUUUGAGUGCUUUUUUGAGUACGUUAUUCAAUGGUUUUAUGUUUGCAUGUUUGUGUUGAUCUUUUGAGUCUGUAAAAUGAAACUGCUGCUGAGGG